GGCUCCAUCACUGUCACAAACUUUUCUCUCAAUGAAUGGAAUCUUGGAGCUAGCCUAGCCUCCCUCCCCAUCUCAUGCCCCUCACACGCUCAAAACAAACGAGGCAAACCAAACCAAACCUCUCCUCCCACGCAAGAGAAAAAGCAAACGAGAGGGCACGGCGAACUAGCCAAGGGGAAGAAGAGGCAAAGAAGAGAAAGGAACGAAGCGCCCCCCCCCCCCCCCACCCCCCCCCAAAAAAAAACCACCAAACCCUACCGCCAUUGGAUCCCCUUGCUCCCCAAGAACCGUGCACGCCGAGGAGCAAUGCGCACCAGAGUCAUCAAUGCGGUCCUCUUCACGGUCCUCGCCGUGCUCGUCGCGCUGGUGCUCGGCUACUUCGUGGUCCGGUGCCAGCGGCGGCAGAGGCGGCGGCGGCGGCGGGGCGCGGUGCUGCCGUCGCACGGCGCGAGGGCGGACCGGUUCCAGUCGGGUGGAGGGACGAGCGGGUACGGCGCCGGCUGCGCCGGCGGGGCGGAGGAGGCGCUCGUGAGGUUCCCCGGGGGCGAGGGGCUCACGGUGGCCGCGAUUCUCGAGGCGCCCGGGGAGGUGGUGGCCAAGUCGGGCCACAGCACGCUGUACCGCGCCGGGCUGAGCGCCGGCGAGGCGGUGGCGCUGCUCCGGUUCGUCCGCCCGGUCUGCGCCGCGGCCGCCGACGAGGCCACGGCGGCGGCGCGGCUCCUCGGCGCCCUGCAGCACCCCAACCUCGUCCCGAUCCGCGCGCUCUACGUCGGCCCGCGUGGGGAGAUGCUGCUCGUGCACCCCUUCUACGCCGCCGGCUCGCUCCGGCGGUUCUUGCAAGAGGGAAUCAAUGUUUCACAGAAAUGGGGCAUAAUUUGCAAGUUAUCUAUUGGCAUUGUCAAGGGACUGGACCACCUUCACUCAGGGUCACAGAAGCCAAUUGUCCAUGGCAACCUUAAGACAAACAACAUUAUGCUUGAUGCCGAUUUCCAGCCAAGGAUAUCCGACUUUGGCCUCUACCUUCUGCUGAAUCCUGCUGCCGCUCAACAGAUGCUUGAAGCAUCUGCAAUGCAGGGCUACAAGGCUCCAGAGCUGAUCAAGAUGAGAGAAGCCACCAGGGAGAGUGAUAUCUACAGCUUGGGGGUAAUUCUUCUGGAGAUGCUUGCUCAAAAGGAGGCAGCAAACAGUAGCUCACCCAAUGCCCGUGACAUCCACCUGCCUUCCUCUUUCAAAGAUCUAGUUCUGGAGAGGAAGAUAUCGGAUGCAUUCAGUUCUGAGCUAGUCAAGCAAAGUAAGAACUCAGGCAAGGAGCAGAACCUAAAUGCAUUCUUUGAACUGGCAACUGCUUGCUGUAACCCAUCACCAUCCUUGAGACCAGAUACCAAGCGUAUACUCAAAAUGCUUGAAGAGAUAUCAAGAUGACAGGGUGCACAUUGGUCACCGGCAUCCUAUUUAGAAAGUGUUUCGUUAUAGCAAGAUAGCAUUAAUAUUUAUAAAUGUAUUAUCCAUCUGUUAUCCCUAGUGCUCAAGCAUACACCAGAGCUUGUACUGGGGAAAUCCAGAAAUGUGAGAAUGAUGUACACUAAUGGAGAAACAAGCAUGUAUAGUUUCCACCCAACCUAGAGGAACUCAUAUGAACAGGACAAUGAUGUUGUUUUAUGUAUGUCUGGACCAAGUUUUCCGUACGAGACUUGGGCCAAUGAUUGUUCAAA